AUGUCGGUGUGGGACGCAUUCUCGGGCAGGAAGUCGUCGAGGCAGCAGACGGAAGCCUCGAGCCACGCUCAAUCGGCUCCUUCAUCACCAGCUGCGCCUACAUCGUUUACACCUACACACUUCGAUCCCACAGUCGCAACAGACGCAUCGUCAUUCCUCGGCAGCGCCUCCUUACCCGAUGCCUCCAAGUUACAUCCUCUUGCUGGGCUGAACCAGCAAACGCUGGACUACCUUUCUCUCGAUGAUGCGGCACUAUCAGACUUGCCUGGCGGGAGGUCAAUAUUACCUUCGCGCGGCUGGUCCGACGAUCUAUGUUAUGGCACUGGGACUGUCUACCUCGCAGCACUCAUGACUGGAGGAGCAUGGGGCCUGAUUGAAGGACUGAAUCGGACGCCAGCCUCCGCGCCUCCGAAGCUCCGCUUGAACAGCGUCUUAAACAGCGUUACCCGAAGAGGCCCAUUCCUUGGUAACUCCGCCGGCGUGGUAGCCAUGGUAUACAACGGUGUCAAUUCAACCAUCGGGUACUAUCGAGGCAAACAUGAUACCACCAACAGCAUUGCUGCCGGCGCAUUCAGCGGAGCCAUUUUCAAGAGCACAAGAGGCGUGAAGCCCAUGGUAAUAUCGAGUUGUAUCGUCGCAUCAAUUGCAGGCGCAUGGGCCGUGACCCGCAAGGUGGUCUUCGAAGCUGGCGAACCGGCUGAAGCCAGAGAAACCAUCAUCGCGCCCUCCGGUGCAGCCCUAUGA